AUGCUGCAUCCGGUAGAUUUAACUCCCUCCGGCCGGCCCGUGCUGUUUCCUGGGGAAUUGGAGAGCCUUUUAAUCGACGACGCAGGGAUAGAAUUUGAGGAGGUAGCCUCAAAUUCCGGCGCGGUUCUCGAAGCGGAGUCGCUUCGCGAUGGCGUCGCGUCGCUCACCACGCACCGGCUGAUCUGGAUCGACGAACGGCCGGCGACAGGUGGUAACCAGAAGCGAGCUUUCGCCGUGCCACUCGUCGCCAUCGCGAAUGCUUCCGCUGCGGGGUGGCGACUCACCUCAGUUUUCGCCUCCCCUCGUGUUCGCAUGUACGUCUUACUGGACCCGCAAGGGCGGGCGGUUUUGUCGUCUUCUGCCAUUGGCAGCAGCUACAGCACACAGAGCAGCAACUUAGGGACGACGUCAGGACGAACCACGUCGUUAGUAGCCGUUCUAAGAGGCCAGGCCCCUGCUGACGUGUUCCUGAAAAAACUCAACGAAGCGCUAGCGGCUAGAAAAUGGCAAGAUUCACCUUUUCUAGUAACCCCCACUACUGCCGCCUCCGCAUCUCUCCCUGCCCCGCCGAACGGCGCAGCAGCAGCGGUCGGCGCGUAUGGGGGGGGCGGAAUGGGGGGAUCAGCAACUGGCGGAGCGAACCCCCUCUAUUGGGGCAGUGUGGGGUAUGGAAGCGGGGAAGCGGGGACAGCAGGGGGAGCGGGGGGGGCUCCUCCGGUCCAGUUCAGCACAGCAAUGGCGGGGGUGGGGGGGAUUCUGAGGCGCGAGGCGGAGCAGAAGCAGGCGACGGAUCGCAGCCUGCAAGAAGCGUUCUCCGACCUGAAUGCGCUCAUGGCCAAAGCAAGCGAGAUGGUGAAACUGGCUGAGAGAAUGCGACAGAAACUGCAACAGCAGCAGCAGGGAGGCGCAACAGCAAGUGGGGAAACAGCGGCUUCUCUCUCUUCCUCUUCCUCCUCCUCAUCAGCAGCAGCAGCAUCGGAGGAGCUGCAGGAUUUGCUGCUGAAGAUGGGCAUUGAGUCGCCCGUCACGAGGGAGACCGCAGGGGCGCUUUAUCACAGGCAGCUAUCCCGAGAGCUUGCAGAUUUCAUAGGUCCAGUGCUGGAGAAGACAGGUGGCACGAUGCUGUUGGUCGACGUGUACUGCAUAUUCAACCGCGCCAGAGGCACAGAGCUCAUAUCGCCAGACGAUCUUCUCAAGGCGUGUUCACUCUGGUCCUCCUUCACCUCCCCUGCUGUCCUGCGCCGCUUUGACAGUGGCAUCCUCGUGGUCCAGCUCAAGACUCACAGCGACGAGCAUCUCACACGCAAGAUCCAGGAGAUGGUAUCGACCAAUGAGGCGCUGCGAGUCGGGGUGUCCAUUGCUGACGUGGCGCAGGCGCUCGGAGUCUCGCCAGCUGUUGUCAAGGAGGAGCUGCUAGCGGCCGAGGCCAAAGUUUAUGUGUUGUUCUGGGUGUCCCUCUCAAGGAGAUUUGCUGGAGAGGAGCUGCUAGCACCCGAGGCCAAGUUCAUGGCAGAGAUGGGCACGCCCGACAUGCCCCUGAAGGAUCCCGGCACCUACUACAGCGAGGAAGCUUUGGCCGCAAAGGAUGCAGCAGAGGCCUACCCCGACCUUGACAUCGUCGACCAUGUCGUCCGUUCCUUAGCGGAGCUCCUUGGACGGUUGGGCAACUUCCACCUACGCUUCAAAGAGCUGCAGGAGGUGCUGUGUGAAACGAACCUGGAGUUGCAGGGCAUCCACAGCGUCGACGUGACACACGUGCUGCAGAUGGUGGACAACACUAGGCUCACCCUUCGCAACCGUUACCUGAGUGACGCGGACAACUUCGGCGAUGGGAGCAACGAGCUGCGCGCCUUCUUGUCGAAGCACGCCUCGUCGGAAAAAAGGGAAGUGAAGGUGACGGGCACCGACUCGACUGGCGCCCCAACUACUCAUGAGUACACCCUCCAUGAACAGAACAUCAAGGGUCACAUAUCUGGCCUGGGCCUGGACGACUGCAUCACACUGGCGAAGGGGUACGUGAAGGAGCUGCUGAAGCGACUGGAGAGCCGGAUGAAGGAUCUGGGCUCUCUCGACGGCGCCAAGCUGUUCACGCAGGGGGCGUACCCGAAAUCUCACUCGAAGCGGCAGCGUCGGUUUUUGCAGUGGCUGGAGGCUCUCCGCAAUCUGUUUAAGCGGAAACCGUCCGACCCUGACACCCUGCCUGGUACGUCUUCGAUUUCGGUUGUCAUUGAUUGA